AAGGAAUCCCUGCUUUUCUAUUUCUUCUUCAAAGGGAAUAAGAAACAAAAGCUUGCCUUUCCUCCCUUCAUGUCUUUCGGUUCAUGAAUUUACGCUCCAAGUUCUAGAAUACCACGACUUCUCUAAUUACAUACGCACUGUCUGAUAUUCUGCUCACGAAAGUCAAAAAGUGGAGAAACUUUUCAUGCAUAAUAAAAACUCCACACUGAUCACAACUUCUCCAAAACCCCAAGAAAUGUCUUCUCAAUCUAUGAUUUCAGACCUCUCUCUGGAUUCCGAUGAAGACAACAGUUCACAAACACAAAACUCAAGCCAAAGCUCAACGAGCAGCAGCAGCGGCAGCUACGACCAUUGCCCAAAAUUCUCUCCCCCCUCAGCAACCAAACUCUACCCACAAGACUUCGAACUGAUUCGCCGCAUCGGCACCGGUGACAUCGGCACCGUCUAUCUCUGCCACCUCCGCAACGAUCCCACAAAAUCCUACGCAAUGAAAAUCGUCGACAACCGAGAACUCGCCAAGAAGAACAAGCUCAACAGAGCCGACACAGAACGAACCAUCUUGCGCACACUCCACCACCCAUUCCUCCCCAAGUUACACGCCGACUUUGCUGCAUCACCACACUACUCAUGCCUCGUCAUGGACUACUGCUCCGGCGGUGAUCUCCACACACUCCGGCACCAACUCCCUUCCCGUCGCUUUCCUCUGGCUUCAGCCAGGUUCUACGCGGCCGAAGUCUUGCUCGCACUAGAAUACCUCCACAUGAUGGGGAUUGUCUACCGCGAUCUCAAACCAGAAAACAUCUUGAUCCGAUCAGAUGGUCACAUCAUGCUCACUGACUUUGAUCUCUCUCUUCAAUCCACAACUUCUCCCGCCAUCGACGAUUCUCAUUCCAACAACCCUUCUUGCCUUCCUUUCAUAUCUUGCAAGACAAAUCCUUACCAGUUCGUGGCCGAGCCAGUGACGGCACGGUCGACCUCGUUUGUCGGCACGCACGAGUACGUGGCGCCGGAGAUCGCUACUGGUAAAGCACAUGGCAGCGCAGUGGACUGGUGGGCUUACGGUGUGUUUUUAUAUGAGAAUUUAUACGGGCACACGCCCUUUGCUGGGAAGACCAAUGAGUCUACCUUGUUUAAUAUUGUCAAACGGGGUUUGGUUUUUCCGGCAGCUUCUUCACCGCUGGAUUCAUUGGCUAGAGAUCUGAUCUCCCGGUUGCUUGUUAAGGAUCCGGUGAACAGGCUUGGUUCCCGGCGGGGAGCGGCUGACAUCAAAGCUCACCCGUUUUUUAAGGGCGUGAACUUCGCCCUUCUCCGGUCGUGUAAGCCUCCGGUUAUUCCCGGGUUAGAAUGGUCUGAUAGGAAGAAACCGGCCCGGUUCGACUUGUUUUAAUUGCUGAACCGGACCGAUUAACGACAAGUCUGUUCAUGUGACUAAACAUGUCGGUCAGUUUAGUCAGCCUCGCUGUAUUUACUUUUUUUUUAAAAAAAAAAAACAAACUAUUAGAAGUUUGGAUCCGUUGCUUGCGUUAGUAUUUAUUUUUAAAAUAAAAAUCAGA